UUCCCUCAAGAUUUAAUAUAUUAAAAAGGGCCAAAGCCCAACAAAUUACACAACCCGAAAAAACUCGGGACCAAUACAUCCACCCAAAUGGGCCUCAAACCCAAAUUGCGAAAAUUUAAGAGAAAAAACAACGACGGCCGCCACGCAGAUCGGAAGAAGAAAAUACGGACACGUGUUACCAACCUCGACGCCAAGGGAUAUGCGUCGUGAGGGCCAUCGCGCCACCACUGCUUCAUGCUACCACCGGAGAGCCAAACCUUGGUUUAACGGACCACACCGGAGCUCCAUAACUCCACAAAUCUUCACCGCAACCACCUUAUCAAGCUCAUGAGGGUCAUGAUCAGAGAGAAUCAAUCGCCGUGGCGAGGUCUCAUCCGUCAUCUUUCAACGCAAACCACCUAAGAAAAAGCUUCACACAUUACAUCACCAUUACCGCCGGAGAACUUCAUCGUCUUCCGACAAAAUCUCAUCUAACAAACCCAACCGAAAUCACAGAAACGAAAACAAGAAUGGUAAACUACACCCUAAAGCAAAUCUAAAAUAAUAGCCGGCGACGCAAGGCAAGGGAUGCCUUUACCCCCUGGAAUCAAGGCCGGUGACGAUGGAGCUGUGAGAGCCUCCACCUCCCGGAGUCUAAGCCGGCGACGCGGAGCUAAGGGAGCUUCUACUCCCCACACCCCCCUCCCCCAAAACUUUAUUGGCGAUGGCAGAGCUAUCGAAAUAUCCGCCUUCCGUAGCAAAAACACUUGAACACGAUGACUAAGCUGAACCAAAAAGAAAGGGGACCACCGUCGCUGGUACGCACAGACGAGCAGCUGGACGCCGGGGCCUCCUUUACACGCGAUUCUCUCUCUAAGUUCGUCUCCACCCCAGUCUUCUUAGUCGUAGCCUCUUUACCUUGGGUCUUUUUAAAUAAUAUAAUCAGUGUUACAGAAAAGAAAGCUAAACGUCUUUACCAAAGAUUAAAAAAUUCUUUCAUGUGGGUCAGAUGACCCCGUCGCUUCAAGGUGGCUUCUCGCUGGUUUCUUCUCAAUUUCACUUUCUUUCUUUCUUCCUUCAUAUUUCAUUUUUUUUUCAAAAUUAUAUUAAAUAAAUAAUCUUCGAGAAACCUUCAACGAAAGUGACCUUAUAAUUUUCUAAGGGGCGAGUACAAUUAGCCUUACAGACAACUCAAUAAGAAAAAAAAUAAUACCAUUGUCAUUUUGAGAAAGAAAAAAAAAACUGCCAAACCUCGUGAAAAUGGUGGACGGAAAUGCUGUUUGCAUCAGUUUCAAUAGAUGGGAGGAUACCCUACGGCACUCUUUUGUCAGCCAUCUCUCUGCCGAGUUUCACCGCAAAGGCAUCUCUUUCUCCACCUGCCAAAACUCUGAGGAGACUUAUGCAGCUAUAGCGAAGGCUAAGGUUUCUGUGGUGAUUUUAUCUGAGAAAUCUGUUUCGAACUAUCGGUUCCUGAACGAGUUAGUGAAGGUUUCUGCGUGCCGGAGUAGCAACGGCCUGCUGGUGGUUCCAGUUUUCUACGGACUCACGAAGUCGAUAUUGAGGAAACGUUGCUUGCAAUUGAAAAAGAUGUAUCCUGACGGUCCAGUAGCUGACUGGUGGAACGCUCUACUGGAAAUCGCAGACUUGCAAGGAUACGCAUCAUCUCUUGAAAGAAGCGAUUCCGAACUUGUGGAGGAGAUUGUUGCAGACGUGCGUCAAAAGCUUGACCUUAAGGGUACCAUUGGAGUCUACUCAAGAUUGAUGAAGAUUCAAAACUUGCUCCACAAGCAACCAUUGGGCAUUCGAAGCUUAGGGAUUUGGGGUAUGGGAGGCAUAGGGAAGACGACACUUGCUAAAGCAGCUUUAAAAGAAUAUUCGGGUGACUUUGAAGCAUCUUGUUUCAUCGAAGACUUUGACAAGGACUUUCAGGAGAAGGGAGUCUAUGGAUUAUUGGAGAAGCACUUGCGGAAGAAGGUUGGCUUAAGAAGUCACGUUACAAGAUUGAGUCUACUUAUAGACACGUUACGCCAAAAACGAAUUCUUCUUGUUCUUGAUGAUGUGCGCAAGCCACUGGGCGCAACAAGUUUUCUAUCUGAAUUUGACUGGCUUGGUCCUGGAAGCUUGGUAAUAAUAACCUCUCGAGAUAAACAAGCACUUGUCCAGUGUCAGGUCAACGAUAUAUAUGAGGUUCAGGGCUUGAGCAAGCACGAGGCUCUUCAGCUCUUGUCCCGAUGUGCAUUUGGGAAAGAUGUACCAGAUGAAAAUCUCAUGGAGCUGUCUAUGAACCUCGUUGACUAUUCUGACGGAAACCCUUUAGCUCUCAGCGUUUAUGGUGAAAAACUGAAGGGAAAAACACUGUCUGAAUGGGAGAGUGUUGUCCCAAAACUCAAGCGUCCUCUUCCCGACAAGAUUUUUAAUAAACUCAAGAUCAGCUAUGAUUCACUUGGUGAGACCGAGAAGGAAAUGUUUCUUGAAAUAGUGUUUUCCUUUAAGGGAGUGAAUAUCGACAACGUGAUGCAGUUUCUUGAAGGUUGUGGAUACUUUCCUCGAGUUGGAAUCGAUGUCCUUAUGGACAAAAGUUUGGUGACUGUUUCAGACGAUAGAGUACAAGUGCAUAAUUUGAUAUACGAUCUUGGUCUCCAAAUCAUCAAAGAUUCAUCUGAAGAUACUGAGAUGGCUUAUAGAUUCGUGGAUGCUUCCAACAUUCAAUCUCUCGUUGAAGAGAACGAAGUUGAAGAUCCAGAAGCAGGACCAACACCGUGUAUUGAAGAUAUUAAAGGCAUUAGCUUGGACACGUCUAACAUAGACUUCGAAUGUAACAUUGCCUUUGAAGAUAUGUAUAACCUUAGAUCUCUGAAGGUUCACAGUUCCUAUCCUGUAGAGAGCCCCAUAUUAUGUCUUUCCGAGGACCCACAGUCUAUGCCGCCUGAGCUAAGACUUCUUUACUGGGCAUAUUGUCCUCUCCAAUCCUUUCCACAAGAUUUUAAUGUUCAGUAUCUUGUGGAACUCAAUAUGCCAUGCAGUAAACUUCGGAAACUUUGGGGAGGAACCAAGAAUCUUGAGGUGUUAAAGAGGAUCAAGCUCAGCCAUUCCCGUCAACUAGUUAAUGUUGAUGAACUUCAAUUUUCUCCAAACAUCGAGCUGAUUGAUCUCCAAGGAUGUUCAAGGUUAAAGAGUUUUCCGGACACGGGUCAAUCACAACAUCUCCAAGUUGUUAAUCUCUCAAACUGCAUAGAGAUCAAAAGUUUCCCAAAGGUGCCACCGUCUAUCAAGAAACUGCAUCUCCAGGGAACUGGCAUAAGAGAGUUAAGUAAUCUUGAUAGCUUUUCCAAACAAGAUAUUGGCAAUCUUGUUUUCUUAAAGCUGGAAGGUUGCUCCAACUUGAGAAGUCUACCUGACAUGGUUACUUUUGAGUCUCUCGAAGUUCUUAAUCUUUCUGGUUGCUCAGAACUUGAGAGUAUUCAAGGUUUCCCACAAAAUCUGAAAGAGUUAUAUCUGGCCAAUACUUCCGUAAGUGAAAUCCCAUCUUCUCUGUGUAAACUGGUAACACUAGAUAUGGAGAAUUGCAAAAGGCUUCGCCACCUGCCAAUGGGUAUGUGUAACAUGAAAUCUCUUGCCAAGCUGAAACUAUCUGGCUGCUCAAAUCUUGAAAACAUUCAGGAUGUACCAAGAAACCUCAAAGAGUUGUAUCUGGCUGGCACUGCGGUAAAAGAAUUCCCAACACCGUUGCUUGAGAAUCUUUCUAAACUUGUCAUAUUAAGUUUGGAGGAUUGCAAAAAGCUUAGGCAUCUACCAGUUGGAAUGAGUAAGUUGAAAUCUCUCGUCAGGCUCAAACUGUCCGGCUGCUCUGAGCUAAAGACUAUAGUUGAGUUUCCUCAAAAUCUAAAGGAGUUAUAUCUUGGUGGCACUGCCAUAAGAGUAUUGCCAUCUUCUAUUGCGGAUCUCCCUGAACUUUAUACAUUAGAUUUGAAGAACUGCAAUAGACUACGACACUUACCAGUGGAAAUGCAGAACAUGAAUCCUCUCAAAGUUCUUGACCUACUGAACUGCACAGACCUUGAGUUAAUUACUACUUCUCUUCCAAAAGUCAGAGAAUUACGUCAAGGCUGUACAGUCAUGCCACUUCGAUCGAAGAUGCCAUCUUCUCGCUCAAGAUUCUAUGAACAGAUAGUCACUUUGUUUCUACAGAAGACUCGCUUGCAACAUAUUCCUGAAGACAUAUGUUUGAUGUCUUUGCUAAAGACAUUGGAUCUUAGUGGCAACUGUUUCAGAAAUAUUCCAGUAAGCAUCAAGGAAUUUUCUAAGCUACUCAGUCUAAGGUUAUGCAAUUGCAAAAGCCUUAGAGUACUCCCACAGCUUCCCCAAAGUCUCCAACUCUUGAAUGCGCAUGGUUGUUCAUCUCUGAUAUCAAUUCCUUUAGACUUCUUUGAGAAUUCUAGGUACUAUACAUUCAGUAACUGCUUUGGUCUUUCGCCUUACAUGGUCAGCUACGUAUUAGCCAAGGCACAGGCUACUGUAGAAGAACACAUGGGACCACAACAACGUCAGCAGAAACUCGAAAAAGUUCUGGCUGUCAGGAUGUGUCUACCAUCACCUAGAAGUCAAAAUUCAAAAUAUAGACUACACCCCUAUCUGCAACCAGGAUCUUCUGUAAUGAUAAGACUACAGUCACUACACCCCUAUUCAAGAAGCAUGCUCGUGGGCUUUGCUCUAUUUGUUGAAGUUUCCUUCUCAAAGGAUUUUCAUAAUGCUUCUGAUGGUUUAGGCUUCAGGUGUGUUCGCAGAUGGAAUGAUAAAAAAGGCCAUGGUCAUAGGCUUGAGAAUGUUUUUCAAUGUUUGCCUCCAAGAGAAGCUGUUCCUAAAAUUACAAAAGAUCACAUGUUUGUCUUCUUUGACCUCAAAAUGCAACCAAGUACGUUUGAAGGAGAUGUCACAGGUAUAUUGGCUGAUCUGGUUGUCUUUGAUUUAUACCCUAUCAAUAAUGAAGAGAAGGCUAGAGGUGAAAGUCUCCUCAAGGUGACGAAGUGUGGAGUCUAUGUGUUUAAUGGUGAAUCUGGCAGUCUAAGCACGAGAAGAAGACCACUUGGUUCUGCACUGGAUCGAUUUGGGCUUUCAGAAGACGAAGUUAAAAGAAUGUUAAAAGCUAACUAUGAUGGCUUACAAAAAAGAGAAAAAUAUCUAUUUCUGUACAUAGGAUGUUUGCUGAGUGAUGAGAAAGUUGAUAUGCCAUUACCAUUUCUUGCUAGCAUUGACUUUGGAUCUACUCUAGAGGUGUUAGCCAGUAAGUCUCUCAUACAUAUAUCUUCCAAGGGGGAAGUAAGGAUGCCGCUUUUGCAAAGAAAAUUGUGUAGAGAAAUUGUUCGUACAAAAUUCAUGCGGCCUGCUAGCAAAAAAGAGUUGGUAUCUAAAUUGUUUGGUAGCAGGGAGUACCGUCAUUUUUUGAGCUUCAAUAAGGAAGAUGUUAAGAAAAGUUUCAUCAGUUACUUUAUCUACAAGCUCAAGAUCAAAAGACUUCGUGCACUCCAAGAUGAUCAGAUCCUAAAACGCUUGCUGACUGGCAAGGCUAUAAGAGAACCAAUCAUUCCGGGGACAGGCCUUGGAGAAGCUGUUGUAGACAGAAGAAGAAGAAGAAAUAUAGAACAGAGGACUCGACUAAUGAGGUGAAGAGAGGUGCUGAUACAGAUAGAUAGGCUGUUUAGAGUUAAUGGUUUAUGAUGGAGAAGGGCACUAAUUGGUUCAGAGAAAAAGAAUACCUGAUCAUGAGAAAUCUUGGUGAAAGAUUCAGACUAUGCGCGUUCGCGAGCAGACAGAGGAGAAGGAAACAAAGAGGAUGCGAUGCAGCCACUGGAGGAGAAACAUCGAACUUGGAAGUAACAGUACGGCUGUGUAUGCUAAAGUGUGUUUUUGGGUUAUAUGAGCUUUGAGAGAAAUCAGGGGACUGGCUGUUAACUUAUAUAGCAUUGCUUAACUCUGCAGCACUAGUAGAGGCAUGAUUUGCUUACUAUCUUAGAUGUGAGAGAUCAAGACUUACCCCCUUAUGUUACACAGAUGGUUUCCCCAUCUUCACAAAUGAGUGAUGGUCCCUAGAUCUUUCAACAAGAUUCUCCUUGUUUUCCAAGUAUUCCAGCAUUUCAGGAUGAGUAAAGAAAGAAAAAAAAAAACAGUUUCUUCUCUUUAGAGUUGAGCAUCUUGGAUGGUUGACUUCAAUUUUUCUUAAAAGAAUAGACAUUCUUCAAAAAAAAAAUGAAACAAGUUUUCAAUAGA